CCUCCUCUUCCUCACACUCCUCCCUGUCUCUGUUCCUAGCAGCAUGUCUAUGAGUGGCUCUGUGGCCGGGGGCCCCCCCUGGAGGAACAACAGCUUCAUCCUGGGAGGGGGACGAGACCCUCCUCUGUCUGACCAGGGAGAGACCAUCAUCGGAGUCUACCUGCUGCUGCUGGGUUGGCUGUCCUGGUUUGGUAACAGCAUCGUCCUCUUCGUGCUGUACAGACAGAGAGCCACCCUGCAGCCCACAGACUACCUGACCUUUAACCUCGCCGUCUCUGACGCCAGCAUCUCCGUGUUUGGAUACUCCAGAGGGAUCCUUGAGAUCUUUAACGUCUUCCAGGACAGCGGCUUCUUCAUCUCCUCCAUCUGGACCUGCCAGGUGGACGGUUUCUUCACGCUGGUGUUCGGUUUGAGCAGCAUCAACACGCUGACAGUGAUCAGCAUCACCCGCUACAUCAAAGGAUGUCACCCGAGCAGAGCUCGGCACAUCAGCAGGACCAGUGUGACCGUCUGUCUGCUGCUCAUCUGGAUCACAGCUGGAUUCUGGUCCGGAGCGCCACUGCUCGGCUGGGGGAGCUACAAAGAUCGUGGGUACGGAACCUGUGAGAUCGACUGGGCCAAAGCGACGUACUCGAGUGUCUACAGGUCCUACAUCAUCUCCAUCUUCAUCUCCUGCUUCUUCAUCCCGGUGCUCAUCAUGCUCUUCUGCUACGUCUCCAUCAUCAACACGGUGAAGAGAGGCAACGCUCUGUCCACUGAGGGAGACCUGACCGACCGCCAGAGGAAGAUCGAAAGAGACGUCACCAUCGUUUCCAUAGUGAUCUGUACGGCCUUCAUCCUGGCGUGGUCCCCGUACGCGGUGGUGUCCAUGUGGUCCGCCUUUGGCUUUCACGUGCCCAACCUCACCAGUAUCUUCACCCGCCUCUUCGCCAAGUCCGCCAGCUUCUACAACCCCCUCAUCUACUUUGGACUCAGCUCCAAGUUCCGCAAAGACGUGGCCAUCCUGCUGCCGUGCACCCGUGAUGCCAAAGACACCGUCAAGUUGAAGCGUUUCAAGCCGAAAGCCGACGCCCACGGCCGACCUGCUGCAGGAGGCGGAGCCAGACUCAAAGUUCCUCUGAACUGGACAGAGAAGAAGUACUCACCCGGGAACCAGCCCAACCCGGUCCCUAGCCCGGACUCUGGGAUGGGAAGCCCGCCCUGCACGCCGCCGCCCGUCAACAAGGAGGUGUUCUACAUUGACAUGCCCCGCCCCUCUGAGACCGACCCUGAGUUCGAGUGUGAGAGACUCUGAUAAACUGGUGGAGGAAGACCAGGACCAGACCGGUCUGAUCAGUUCAGGCUGAUGGCAGGCGAACCGAGAGCUGGUUCCGGUCUGGUGCUAGUUCUGGUUCAGAGUUGGUUCAACUUGAGAACCUUUGAAGAACCGGUUACAUUUUAUCAGUGUAUGUUUCCAAUGUUAGCUAUUGUUAGCUAUUGUUACCAACACUGUAAUGCGAUAAGUUAUUCAAACUUAAAACAUUUGUUUUAAACAAUUUAGUCAUUUUAUUAAAGCUACUUGGUUUACUUAAAUUAACUUAUCUGGUUUUACAGUGGAGGUUGGACUAACUAGCUAGCUGUUGGUCAGCUAACAUUACCCAAGCUAGCACAGGUAGUACUUUCUUACAGAAGCAACCAUCACAACCAACCUGACCACAUUCCAAGUCGGAAAACGAAGUUGAAAUUUCCCCUUCCCAGUUCAAAUGGAAUGCACCAUUAGCUGACCAACAGCUAGCUAGCCAGCUAGCUCAGUGUUCACCUUAAUAACAGCCAUGUGCUACAUAGCUGUCUGGCCGCAAGGCUUCCCGGCCCCUGCUGUGAGCUGGUCUUGGUUCUAGUGCUGGAACCAGUUUUCAGACUGCCUUGGUGGAAUAGGGGUAUUAGUUUCUGUAAGUUACUGACACCAGGGACCUCAGAAGGUCCACAUAGUGAACUCUGGCUCUUUUUAGUGAUUCAGAUCAACAAGAGCCGGCUCUUCAUUUGAUCCAGUUCUGGUUUUUAUCAUCCUGCCAACGUUAGCAGCAUUUGGACCUACGACUGGUGUGUGUGCACAUAAAGUACCAUCUGUCAACAUUUUAUUUAUAUUAAAUUCUGUUUUGUAUGUCUAA